AUGUUACCUGAACACUGGUUAUUCCGCCUUGGCAACCAAUGACAACUCUGGCUGAAACAGCUGAUAUCAGUUUUCGGAGUUUUCGCAAACAAACAAAAUCAUAAUUGUAGUUUUGUGUUGAUUUGUAGCAAAAAUAGAAAACAAUGAGCAGCUCUAAGAAAAGAAGUAAGGAUGAACAAAUACCGAAGCCAAUUAGCAUCAAGAAGGAAAAAUCGGAGGAAGACCGCACGCUGCAGCCCAUUUCCCACUAUAUUGAUGACCGCCUGGAGCUGGUCAAGCAAAUCUUUGGCACGCUGAAGCCAAAGACUAUCAUGAAUCUAGCACCAGAGUUUCUUAAGAAGACGAGCUUAGAUGAAAUCGAGGAACUUUGUUUAAAUGAGCUGCUUUGCAUCUCAACCAAACGUUUAAAGUCUAUCAUAGCGGACACUCGCUGCCCCACAGAUACUGAGAGUUCCGAGGACUCGGAUGUGGAGCACAAGGAAGAGCACAUUUCGCUGGAAGAGAUUUCAUCAGACAGCGACAUUGGAGGCAGCGAAACACGGCGCGCUAAGAAAUUGCGAAAAUCGAACGCUAAAAGAGCCGAUAAAACCAAUGAAAAUAAAGAACCGGAUGGACAGAUCAGUGUGCUGGAGCUGCUGGAAUUGCAGGCUAGAGCUCGAGCUAUACGCUCGCAGCUGGCAAUGGAGCCGAUUACCAAGAUUGAAGUGAAAUCCGACGAUGAGGAGGAGAAGACCAGCAAACGGUCAUCAGAGAAGGAAAAGUCCAGAGAAAAGCGUAGUCAUAGGAGCUCUGAGCAGUCGAGCAGCAAGCGCAAGUCAAGCGAACAGUCGAGAAGAGAGCAGGCACAAACCAAUGGUAGCAAACCCAAGGAAACAACAGCUCCAGCACCAGCUCCAGCGCAAAAGAAGAUCAAGAUAAAGCGCAAUUAUCGGACAUCAACCAAAACACCCGAGAAGGAAGUUACACCAGUUGUAAAGACAACAAGUCAGCCAGAAAUAAGUCAAGAUAAGUCGGAUAGAUCGCGUUCAGCUUCACCGGAUGUGAUUCCCAUACCAGCGGAACCGGAAACGCUGCUAAUAAGCGACAGCACCGACGAUGAGGCAACCGUAAAGCCAAAAGAAACAGUAGAGCAGACAAAAGUUGUUCCACCUCCAAUCCCUGAGCCAGAGCCAGCUGAGCUAAGCGAACCCGAAGAGGGCGAGGUGAGAGAAGAAAGCGAAAAUGAGACUGAGGCUGAGCCAGUGAAGAAGAAAGCAGAGGAAGAGCAGCCAAUUGAAUCGACAGCUGUGGAGACUGAGAAACCAGCAGCUGCUGCUGAAGCAGUUCCUGUUGAAUCGGCAGAUGUUGAGAAACCGUCCACUAGCAGUCAGCCAAUCGUAGAAGCAGAGCAGCCACAGCUAAGCAGUUCCAUUGUGGACGAAGAGGAUCAGAACGAUGAUGUCAUUUCCAUAGGCGGUGAUCUAGAGCACGAAAUGAUUGCAGAGUUGGCUGAGGUGACAGAUGAGCCACCAGUCAAAGUAAAGCCCGAGAAACUGCCAGAUCCCGAGGAGGAGGAUAACGAUGUGAUAUCGUUAAACACCAGCGAGGAUGAGCACGAAAAACUGCAGGAAACGAAUUCUGAGUCGUGGCGUACACGCUAUCUGAAGAGCUCGAAGGUUAACCAGGUGCUCGCGGCAUCGCGAUUGGGAAAACGUGUGCGUGAUAAAAUCAAGGAGUCGAAACGUGCCCAAAAAAAGCACAGCGAGGGCAAAGGGAACGGCGAUGAAAAGUCAUCGAAGCAGUCACAGCAGCAGCAGUUCACCUCGAAGCACGAGGAUGGCUCCAUGGAGCAAUACCAAGAACUUUUACAGCACCGACAGCGCAAAAGUUCCAACAGCAGCAAGGGCGACAAGUAAACGAUUCUCAGACUGUUUAUUGAAAAGUCGCUCCGAGGAAUAUUGCCUAGACGCAAAAUUAUAUAGCAUAUAAAAACUCAAAUAAAAAUUCAGGUCUCCAGCAAACGCACAGAAAAUUUGAAUAUUUCGUGUUAAGCGCAUAUUUGAUUUAACUGUAUUUUCUUCUUUUUUUCAUUAUUUAGGCAUACUCUGCAAAAGCAAGGUUAGAUAGCUGAACUAUUUGAAAAUGUAACGAGACAGAAUAUGAAAUGUAAUUCAACAGAAUUUAAUUAUAAAAAGAUAAACUUAUAUCUUAUAAAUAUAGAGAGCUAUAAUAUAUAUAAUUAGUACACGCUGACGAUUUAAGGCACUUUUAAAACAGAUUUAUUAUACAAUGCUAAGCUGAAGUAGAUUGAUGUAAUUUUUAUAAAUAUAAUAAA